AUGAGUACCAGCACCUUCGUCACUGUGGCUUCGGCCGUCUCCGGUCUUGCUGUUCUCGGAUGUCUUUUCACCGUUGGAAUGAUCUUCAAUGAUAUCAAUUCCUUUUACGAUGAGAAGAUCGAAGAGCUCAACGAGUUCAAGGGACUCGAACAACAUGCCUGGAAGUCAAUGAUUCCAUCCACUCGCCCAGUCAAUGCUGAAUCUUUCCUUCUUGGCCGUAACAAGAGACAAGCUCAAUGCAACUGCGGAGCUCAAUCCCAUGGAUGCCCAGCUGGACCACCAGGACCACCAGGACACCCAGGAGCCCAAGGAGAGCCAGGACUUCCAGGAAUUGCAGGACAACCAGGAUCUGGAGCCAGAGUCAACCCAGCAACAGGACGCGACAGCUUCUGCAUCACUUGCCCAGCUGGACCACCAGGACCGGCCGGAGCUCCAGGAGCACCAGGAGCACCAGGAAACUCCGGAGCCCCAGGACAAGACUCAUUCGGAGGAGGUCAAGGACCAGCUGGACCACCAGGACCAGCCGGAGAUGCCGGAGCACCAGGAAAUGCUGGAGCCCCAGGAGCACCAGGAAACCCAGGGCGUGGAGGACAACGCAGUCGUGGACUUCCAGGACCAUCAGGAGCCCCAGGACCACAAGGACCAGCUGGACGACCAGGACAACCAGGGCAAUCUGGAGGAUCCGGAGCACCAGGACAAGCCGGAGCCCCAGGAGCCCCAGGACAACCAGGACAAGCCGGAGCUCCUGGAACCCCAGGAGCCCCAGGAAACAGCGGAGCUCCAGGAGGAGAUGCCGCAUACUGUCCAUGUCCAGCUCGUUCUGCUGCUAUGGCUGCUCGCAAGCGUGUUGUCAAGGUUGCUCGUUCCCGUGCUGCUGUUGCCAAGCGUCGUGUCGUCAAGCGCGUUCGCGUCCAAAAGGCCUAA